UGUAGUCAACGUCGCGUUGCCGUUGUCCACAGCUGGUUAGCAUUUCCAUUGUCUUUUUUAUGAGAGUAGUAUCCGCCACUCUCUCUACAUCCUAAUUUUCCACACAAAACUCCUACGGGUUCGUAGUUCACCAUGUCGGAGGAGCAAGAGAUAAUGUGCAAGCUAGAGAACAUCAAAGAAAUACGAAAUAAAACUAUUCAGAUGGAGAAAAUCAAGUCUCGGCUCAGGAGUGAGUUUGACGCCCUGGAAUCGGAGGAGAAACAUCUCCGAGAGUACAAACAGGAAAUGGAUCUUCUACUGCAGGAGAAAAUGGCUCAUGUGGAGGAACUGAGACUUAUACAUGCUGAUAUUAAUGUGAUGGAAAACACAAUCAAACAGUCUGAGAGUGACUUGAACAAAUUGCUGGAGUCAACCAGACGGCUCCACGACGAAUACAAACCCCUGAAAGAACACGUGGACGCCCUGAGGAUGACCCUCGGCUUACAGAGACUCCCCGACCUCAGCCAGGAAGAGGAGAAGCUGUCUUUGGACUACUUCGAAAAGCAAAAGGCUGAAUGGCAGACAGAACCACAGGAGCCUCCUAUCCCAGAAUCCCUUGCGGCGGCUGCUGCUGCAGCCCAGCAGCUUCAGGCUGCUCGUAAACAGGAUGCCAGGCAGACAGCAACCUUCAGGCAGCAGCCUCCUCCUAUGAAGGCUUGCCUGUCCUGCCAUCAGCAAAUCCACCGGAACGCUCCAAUCUGUCCUCUGUGCAAAGCCAAAAGUCGUUCACGCAACCCCAAAAAACCCAAGAGGAAGCCAGACGAGUAACGCACACACUUACACUUGCAGCUCCAACCCCAACCAAGAACAAUUUACUUACAUAUUUACUCGCAUAAACACACACAUUCAUGCAUGCACAUUGCUAAACACACGUUCUUUAAUCAUGUGAUGCCCGUAUCUGCAAAUUAACACAUAAACACACAAAUGUCCUAAAGAAUGGACAGUCUGACCUCCCAUAGUGAUACUCAUCCCUUAGUUAAUUUGUCUUCCUGUUUCAGUGGACGUGAGAUAUACGUUUUUUCAAUCCCUUUUUAUAUAAGAGAAACAUUAGUGUUGUGUUUGUACAGUGCCUGUAUUUAGUAUGUAGUGGAAAUGGAUGCUGGUUUAGAAAUAUUGGAAGUGUACCUGUGUGGGUUUUAAUUGUUGUGCUUUAGUUUAAACUAAAUUAAAUGGCUUUAGUCAAUAGAGCAGUUUGUACGGUAUUCAGUUAAUGCUUAAACUGAUGUUUAAUAAUUUUGUAUUAACUAUGGUAUGAUUUUCACCAGAUAUUAUGCUUUUCAGUGUUUUUUCAUGAUUUCAGUGCAAAUUGUUGUCUUUUUUUGUAUUGUGUAACCGUGCCCUGUUCCUGACCACAUCAGUGUUCUGUAUGUUAGGGCCAUUCACACAGAACAGGUUCCUGCGUUCAGAAACCGCUACAUGCAUUGCAAGUAAAUACUACAGAAUGCAUUCGUUUUUAAAUGUAUUAAGGUUAAAACUUAAACAGAGAGAUCUGAUUUAUGGCCAGACAUUUAUUUAAAAUUACAGUUUUAUUCUUAAAAUACGACAUUGCACUCUUUGCAAGUAGCACAAACAGAACACGUUGUGAAUGUGUUGUGUGUGAACGGUCCUUUAGAUGUACAAAGAAAAUCUGGAAUGCAGAUUGAGAGUUUUUGAGUGCUUGUAAAACCAUCAUGCAGUUUGUGUGCAUAAGUUGUCAUUUCGGCACAGCCGAAUGUUUUGGAAAUUGCGUGAAGGAACAUUAAGAUUGUGUUAGAUUCUUUAGUAUUGAAUCUUGUGUUAACUUCACACUGAGAUUCAUUUUUUUAUAUAUUGAAUUAAAAUCUGUGAAACUAAUAAACCGUGGAACUUGA